CGAGUUUAGGAGAGUCAGCAGUGGAAGGACUGAACAGAGGUUGAGAACAAACUGAAGAUGGGUAUGGCACUGCCGGACUCUUUCAUCCAACAGCAGCAACUGGACGCCAGCAUGGCCGACACCUUCCUGGAGCAUCUGUGUCUGCUGGACAUUGACCAGGAGCCAAUCACAGCGCGCAACACCAGCAUAAUCUGCACCAUCGGUCCUGCGUCCAGGUCCGUUCCCAAACUCCAGGAGAUGAUCAAAGCUGGGAUGAACAUCGCUCGUCUGAACUUCUCACACGGCUCACGUGAAUACCACGCUGAAACAAUCAAAAACAUCAGAGAGGCCGUGGAGACCAUAACCUCUGACCCUCUGUGUUAUCGGUCCGUCGCCAUUGCCCUGGAUACGAAGGGUCCGGAAAUCCGCACUGGACUGGUCAAAGGGAAAGUGGAGGAGGAGGUGAUUCUGCAGAAGGGCAGCAGCGUUCGUGUGGUGACGGCAGAGAGUGACAAAGACGAGACGGACGGAAAGGUCAUCUGGGUGGACUAUCCAAACAUAGCUGAGGUUCUGACCGAGGGAGGAAAGAUUUACAUCGACGACGGCCUGAUUGGACUGAAAGUCACAGCAAUAGGUCCAGGUUGGGUGGACGCAGUGGUGGAGGCUGACGGAGUGCUGUGCAGUCGCAAAGGCGUCAACCUCCCCGGCUGCGACCUGGUCGGACUGCAGGCGGUCAGCGAGCGUGAUGAGGCCGACCUGAGGUUCGGGGUGGCCCAGGGCGUCGACAUGGUCUUUGCUAGUUUCAUCCGCUCGGCCCAGGAUGUCAGGGAUGUACGGCGAGCCCUGGGAGCUCACGGUCGAGACAUCAAAGUGAUCAGCAAGGUGGAGAGUCGACAGGGGGUUCAAAAUUUUGAAGAGAUCCUGGCGGAGAGCGACGGUGUGAUGGUUGCCAGGGGUGACCUGGGGAUUGAGAUCCCUGCGGAGAAGGUCUUCAUCGCACAGAAGAUGAUGAUUGGACGCUGCAACUCUGCCGGAAAACCUGUCAUCUGUGCCACGCAGAUGCUGGAGAGUAUGGUGUCCCACCCACGUCCAACCAGAGCGGAGGGCAGCGACGUCGCCAACGCCGUGCUGGACGGAGCCGACUGUGUGAUGCUGUCGGGGGAAACGGCCAAGGGACUGUUUCCUGUGAAGGCAGUUGCGAUGAUGCAUUCGAUCUGCAGGGAGGCAGAGGGCGCCAUUUUUCACAAGCAGUUAUUUGAGGAGUUGCGUCGCCUCACUCCUCUGUCCUCUGACCCCACGGAGGUCACAGCCAUCGGAGCGGUGGAGUCCUCCUUCAAAUGCUGUGCUGGCGCCAUCAUAGUCCUCACCACCAGUGGCAGAUCAGCACAUCUCCUGUCUCGCUACCGUCCUCGCUGUCCCAUCAUCGCAGUCACCAGAAGUCCUCAGGUGGCCCGUCAGUCCCAGCUGCUCAGGGGGGUGUUCCCUGCUCUCUUCCAUCCUCUGCCCGCCCCUGUCUGGGCCGACGACGUCGACAACAGGGUCAACUUUGGCAUGAACAUAGGUAAGGCUCGAGGGUUCUUCAAAACAGGUGACAUGGUGAUCGUGGUGACGGGCUGGAUCCCGGGGUCAGGACACACCAACAUCAUGAGGGCGGUCAGUGUGGAGUAGCUGGACACUCGACACGACACCGUCACAGUGAACUGCUGCAACAUGAGAAACCUCCACAAACAUCACGGUCGCUGAGGUGGAAAUAUUUUUUCAGAAAAAAUGUUUAUGUUGUGUAAUGUUUCAAAGCGAUGACUCCAAAUAAAACUUGAACGUGAA